GUGGACAAGGGUGUGUCUUUUGUUUGAAACAGCCAAGAGAGCAAGCGCACAUAUUUUUUUCAAGAAAUGUACCUUACUUUCUAUUUGGAAAUGUGCGUAAGGAAAGCGAGAGUUCUGUACUUGUGUUCUGGCCACUUUGUAGCCUACAGUACCUGACAUUCCGAAGGACUUCAAGUUGUUGAUCAACUAAAAUGACUUGUGGUUGUCAUCGUGAAGAAUACCGGAUCGUUGAAAAACAUAGAUAUUCCUGUAGCCUACUUUGUUACCCCUCUAAACGUAUAGGCGGGCCUAUGUGGAUGUGAGAUAUCUGAUGCACAUUUAAAACAUCGAGCGCACAGGUUACCUAAUGGUAGGACACUUUUCCUUAUUUUUUGGGGGGAGGGGGUGGAACAUUUGUUCGAAUUAACAGUAAACAUGGUAUUCUACACUAUAUAGUCUAUCUGUACAGUGAACACAUUUUUAUUGGACAGCCAUGGGUGAAUUAAUUUAUACUUGUCAUGGAUUCUCAUACAUAGUUUAGCCUAACAAUUAGACAUAUGGAUAUUUAAAUAUAUUACAAUUAUAUUUAAUUUUGUAGCCUACAGCCACUUUGUAGCCUACAGUACCUGACAUUCCGAAGGACUUCAAGUUGUUGAUCAACUAAAAUGACUUGUGGUUGUCAUCGUGAAGAAUACCGGAUCGUUGAAAAACAUAGAUAUUCCUGUAGCCUACUUUGUUACCCCUCUAAACGUAUAGGCGGGCCUAUGUGGAUGUGAGAUAUCUGAUGCACAUUUAAAACAUCGAGCGCACAGGUUACCUAAUGGAGAUGGAUUUCCAAAAGCUGCUGUUGCAGGUGGAACAAGGCCUGUGCAGUGAAGAAGUACAAGCACUUGCAUUUCUUUGCAAAGAUCUGCUUGAGAAAGACUGUAGCUCAGUGCCCACAGCAAGUCAACUCUUCUCUCUUCUGAUGGACCAAGAACUGUUAACCCCCGAUCAGCCUUACUUACUUGCCGAUUUAUUAUGCACCAUCCAGCGGCACAGCUUGAUGCGAGAGCUUGGCCUCAACAACCAGCUUCCAACAACCAGUAGCCUCAUCUCUCCUUAUAGAAAACUGCUGUAUGACCUAUCAGAGAACACCACUGAAGACGAGUUGAGAGAGAUUAAGUUCCUAUUGGUUAACAUACUCCCUCGUAGGAAACUGGAGGGCAACGUGACUACCUUGCAAGUAUUCCUGGAAAUGGAGAAAAUUGAUAUUUUGAGCGUCAUAAAACUAAACACUGUUGAAAGUAUGUUUGGAAGUGUCUGCCCCAUGUUGAAAACAAGAAUCAACCAGUUUAAAACAAAGCAGGGGCCAGUAACCCCAAAAACAGGGGUGGGAUUGUUAAAACCAAGGUCUUCUUCUGCAUGUCUUCCAGAAAACCAGGCUGUCUCCAUGCUUCCAAUGAGACCUGUGUCAUGUGGACUAUCAGUCGAACAACGUGGACAUUCUGACACGAUGUUCUUUCCCUCUUCGUACUUCUCUUCAGGUACACAGCCUUCAGCUGAGGUGUCCACUCUGAAUCCAGCUGACACCUCUCUGGAUGUUCGGAGGGUCUCAGAUACAGUGGAUGCAGUACUUUCACAUAGGCUGGGUCUCCUAAGUACCAGUGGGGACAACGAUGCUGCUCUCAGCCAAGGGAAUCACCAUGUUUCAUCCAUACCCUCACGUGGACACAAUAAGAACUUUGACCCUGCAAAUCGUCAGACAGGAAACACCACAAAAGAGGAAGUGGGAGAAUAUGCUAUGACAGGAAGAAAGAGAGGUUACUGUCUGAUAAUUAACAACUACAACUUCAGAAAUUCUCCAAAACCCCUAAACAAUAGAGAGGGAACACAGGUUGAUGAAAGCAGUUUGGUGAGUGUGUUUGAGUGGCUGGGCUUUGAGACGCAGAUUGAGCCAGACUGCAGCCGGGAGCAGUUACUGUCUCGAGUUGAGGAGCUCCGCAGCCGUGACCACAGCCAGAUGGACUGCCUGGUGUGCUGCGUUCUGAGCCACGGGCUGGAGGGAGGUGUUUAUGGGGUGGACGGGCUGAAGGUCAGAGUCAGGGAGCUCACAGAGCCCUUCUCUGGACUGGAGUGCAGCUCACUGAGGGGGAAGCCCAAGCUGUUCUUUAUCCAGGCCUGUCAGGGCAUCAAGGAACAACAGCCAGUGUUCAUUCAGUCCGAUUGCCCAGGCGCUGAUGGCUCUACUAUCACCAGCUCUAUCUGCACUGAUGCAGUGGUACCCAGAGACUCCAUUCCCUCUGAUGCCGACUUCCUUCUGGGCAUGGCCACUGUCCCUCACUUUGCCUCUUUCAGAGACAUAAGUAAGGGCACUUGGUUCAUCCAGUCAUUGUGCCAGAACCUCAUCAACAUGGUUCCCAGUGGGUAUGACUUGCUGUCCAUCCUGACCAAGGUAAACGAUGAUGUCAGCAGUAAGAGUGAUAACCAUGGCACCAGGAAGCAGAUGCCCCAGCCUGCAUACUCACUCAGGAAGAGGCUGGUCUUUCCCAUCCCAAAAGACCCUCCUCCCAGACUACAUGAGCCAGAAAUAUUUGCUUGAGAGCACUAGAGCAGAGGGGUUUAAAUCUGGUCCUUUUACUUUCCCAUCCCAAAAAACCCUCACCCCAGACUACACCUCCCAGACUACAUGAGCCAGAAAUAUUGGCUUGAGAGCACUAGAGCAGAGGGGUUUAAAUCUGGUCCUUAUACUUUCCCACCAAAUCAGGGACGGAUUCAGACACUGUAUGUGUAGACUCACCAACAAUAUAUACACCCUCUGGGAUCACUCAGGUAGAAGGUGCAUGUUUACAGUUUAUUUUUUAUACCUCGCCCUGUUUUAUUUACACUACCAGUCAAAAGUUUGGACACACCAAGUCAUUCCAGGGUUUUCUUUAUUUUUACUAUUUUCUACAUUGUAGAAUACUAGUAUAGACAUCAAAACUAUUAAAAUAACAUAUAUGGAAUCAUGUAGUAACCAAAAAAAGUGUUAAACAAAUCAAAAUAUAUUUGAGAUUCUUCAAAGUAGCCACCCUUUUCCUUGAUGACAGCUUUGCACACACUUGGCAUUCUCUCAACCAGCUUCGUGAGGUAGUCACCUGGAAUGCAUUAAAAUUAACAGGUGUGCCUUGUUAAAAGUUAAUUUGUGAAAUUUCUUUCCUUAUUAAUGCAUUUGAGCCAAUCAGUUGUGUUGUGACAAAGCAGGGGUGGUAUACAAAAGAUAGCCCUAUUUGUUAAAAGACCAAGUCCAUAUUAUGGCAAGAACAGCUCAAAUAAGCAAAGAGAAACGACAGUCCAUUACUUUAAGACAUGAAUGUCAGUCAAUAUGGAACAUUUCAAGAACUUUGAAAGUUUCAUCAAGUGCAGUCUCAAAAACCAUCAAGCGCUAUGAUGAAACUGGCUCUCAUGAGGACCACAUUUACAUUUACAUUUAAGUCAUUUAGCAGACGCUCUUAUCCAGAGCGACUUACAAAUUACAGGAAAGGAAUACCCAGAGUUACCUCUACUGCAGAGGAUAAGUUCCUUAGAGUUAACUGCACCUCAGAUUACAGCCCAAAUAAAUGCUUCACAGAGUUCAAGAAACAGACACAUCUCAACAUCAACUGUUCAGAGGAGACUGUGAAUCAGGCCUUUAUGGUCGAAUUGCUGCAAAGAAACCACUACUAAAGAAACAUGAACAAUGGACAUUAGACCGGUGGAGAAUGUUUGGUUUUAUUUAGAAUUCAAGGCACACUUACACUCCAGGCUGUGUAAGGGCUGUUUUACCAAGAAAGAGAAUGAUGGAGUGCUGCAUCAGAUGACCUGGCCUCCACAAUCACCCAACCCUAACCCAAUUGAGAGGGUUCGGGAUGAGUUGGACCGCAGAGUGAAGGAAAAGCAGCCAACAAGCGCUCAUCAUAUGUGGGAACUCCUUCAAGACUGUUGGAAAAUAAUUCCAGGUGAAGCUGGUUAAGAGAAUGCCAAGAGUGUGCGAAAGCUAUCAUCAAGGCAGAGGGUUGCUACUUUGAAAAAUGUCAAAUAUAUUUUGAGUUGUUUAACACGUUUUUGGUUACUGUAUGAUUCCAUAUAUGUUAUUUCAUAGUUAUGAUGCCUUCACUGUCAUUCUACAAUGUAUAAAAUAGUACAAAAUAAAGAAAAACCCUUGAAUGAGUAGGUGUGUCCAAACGUGUGACUGGUACUGUAUAUAUCUAGAUUGUGACUUGCUACUUGUUCUUGUACUCAGGCUAAAUGUGAUUUUCACCUUUGUGGUGCAGAUGGCACCAGAAGGGGCCAUUAGAACAUUAGGAGAGUUUUAAACCAUGUUUCACAAUCAGAAAAACAGGUUGCUCGUGACAUUUCCAGGCGGAGGAAGGAGGAGUGGUAAUUCUGCCUGAUCUGAUUGGCAUGUUAAAACAAGGCCCUGCUGUCAGAGUGGCAAGUCAAGACAAAAUAACACACAUAGUAGUCAUCGCUCUACUCGGCUCUGCUCUGCUAUCAAUGUAGGUAGUCUUGUUUGUGCAAAGUUUAAAUCUCACAGAGACUCGUAAAUAUUGAGGAGCUGUUUAAUUGAACAUGACCUUUUUGGAAUGUUGGAGCUGCAGUUAAAUCCUACACAAGAGCAAUAUUUUCACAACCCCUGGACAUUAUGUUUGUUAUUUCUCCUUUCAUAUUCUUUGUAGCCUACUGGUUACUACAUGAUUCCAUAUAUGUUCUUUCAUAGUUUUGAUGUCUUCACUAUUAUCCUACAAUGUAGAAAAUAGUACAAAUAAAGAAAAACCCUUGAAUGAGUAGGUGUGUCCAAACUUUUGACAGGUACUGUAUAAAAAAAUGAAAUUCAGUAGAAAUAUAUCCAAAGAACUGUAAAUAGAAAAUUGUAGGAAAUGUUUUUAAUGCUUCAAUAUGAAACCUUUUGGCCAAAGUCACAUGAAAUUUGAGUUAUAGAUCUGUGAUUCUCAUUGAAAGCAAGUCUAUGAAGCAGUAGAUCGGUUCUAUGUGGACUAUCUUUUGUUUACAUCUGUUUUGUACACCAGUUUCAUACACCUGAAAAUACAAUAUUAUUGGUUAUGGAAAAUAUAUUUCACAGCAGUUUAAAUGGUACAAUGAUACUCUACAUUAUACUUGCUUGUUUUGUCACAAACUGAAAUUAGGUGAACUAUUAGAAUUUUAGCAACCAGGAAAUGGCAGAGUGAUUUAUGCAUAUUGCAUCUUUAAAUUGUAUUUUUAAAUGGUGUAAAGGAGAAGCAAUAACAAAAUAACUGAAGAGCACUUAUUAUGCAACUUCCUAAAUCAAUAAAGGCAAUUUUCAUUCAA